AUACGUAUAAAAGGAGGUUUGUUUGCUCCGAAAGUCGUCACAAUCAGUUCAGCUUUGUAGCAAACAUCACACACGGAUACUGAAAUGGCGUUCAAAUUUGCGAUUUUCGCUGCCAUCGUAGCUGUGGCGAAUGCCGUUGCUAUCGGAUACCCUGCCGCAUAUCCAGCCCCAUACCAUGGCGCAUAUCCAGCUAUUGCCAAAGUAGCUGCCCCCGUCAUUGCUAAGGCCGUUGAUGACUACGAUCCAAACCCACAGUACAGUUAUAGCUACCAUAUUGCCGAUGCCCUGACCGGUGAUAACAAGGCACAGCAGGAAUCUCGCUCGGGAGAUGUAGUUACCGGAUCGUAUUCUCUGGUUGAACCCGAUGGCACCCGUCGUGUUGUUGAGUAUACCGCGGAUCCAGUCAAUGGAUUCAACGCCGUUGUACAUCGUGAGCCUCUCGGCGCAAAGGUUGUAGCUCCAGUUGCCAAGAUUGCUGCCCCACUCGCCUAUCCAGCUGCCCAUAUCGGUUAUCCAGGAGCCCAUGUUGGUUAUGCAGGAGCCCAUCUUGGAUAUCCAGGCUACGCCAAGGCCGUCUAUGGUUAAGCAAACAUGAGACUCUGGUUGUUCUCUGACAUUUCCUUCUGAAACCUAUGUCUGCAAAAUCAACAACGUAAAUUAAGUCUAUUUAUUCUUCACAGUAUGCCGAGAAACAUUCGCUAUUUUCUUCUAUUUCCUUUUAUUUCAAAUCCAGCUGUUCUAAGAAUCAAGUCGAUUAGUUAUUCCCAGCUCAACUAGAUGUUCAUACAAAAGUAAUUUGUAAAUAGAAACCGAAAACGUGUCAUUGUAGUUAAAAUUUUAAUGUGCAAUGUGAGAUACUGAACGUAGCAUCUCUUUCCUUGACUGUGUGACCUGAUGGAGUGUGUAGUAUAGUAGAAUUAGAAUAUGUAAUGUUA